UAUAUAGAAUCUGGUGAAAUAAUAUGUUCGCUGUAUAAAGUCUGUGGCUGUAUAAUGAAAUCGUUACUUCAGUUACCUUUAAGCAUUUUCAGGGAAAAACAAACCAAUUUAUAGUGACUUGAGGAUGACUGAGAUAGGUUUAAAAAGGUGCAAUGUGACCAACUAUUGUUUAUAGGUAGGAUCAAUUUUCAAGGACUUGCUCAUUGAAUCCUUUGACAUCGAUCAUCACCCAAACAACCGCUAUAGCCGCUAAAGACAUGGGCGUAGGUCAUCGAAGAGGAGGACGUCGAGCCGGAGGUCAUCAUCGACGUGCAAACCGUCGUCAUAACCGUAAUCGACACCGUCAUCAUCGUCGUCGUCAUCAUGGAGGUGUUGCCAUCUUUACUCUUCGACGAGGAAAUCAAACUAGUACUACAGUGAUGACUACCGGCACGGGUGGAGCAGGUGGAAAUGCCCAGUCAAAGCCUCUUAUCGGAAUGUUGUCAUUCAUAUCCGUAGUCGGCAUCGCAGUUGGGAUGAUGAUGUCGAACCUUGGAGGAUGGACUGAUUCUGCUCUCGGCAUCGCUGGUAUCGUUAUUUUCAGUCUAAGCGUCCCCCUCCUUGUAAUCACCUCCAUCAUACGAAUCAACAUGAGGAACAAACUAAUUGCCUCUCAGUCGGAAGCAAGUUUAGAGGCUGGGACAGCGACCCCCAAUAUGACAGUAUCCACUCUGUCUUUGGAAGGAGGAAUUAGUAGCACCGUUUCACACGUUGGUGAGGGGUCAUCUCAUAUCGUUCAAACUGGUGCGGUGCAACCUGGGAGUGUUGCCAUGGGAACAGCUACCGGGAAUCCUGGAAACCCUUCCUAUCACCCCCAACCUUAUCCACAACCUGUACAAAACUACCCGAGUGCAGCUUCUCCUUAUCCGCCAAACCCCAGCGGUGCUACCCAGAGCCACCCCAAUACCAACACCACAUCGGUACCCAUGCCUUACCCCCAGCCAGGAACUUCCACCACCCUACCUCCAGUAAACUAUACGACACUCUACCCCCCUAAACCGCCAUCGCAGGUGGGCGUGGUCGACCCAAGCUCUGAGGUAGAGAGCAUACCCCCUCCUCCGUCAUAUGAUGACGUCAUCACCGGCAAUGUUAGCUAUGAUGAAGUUAAAGAACUUUGAUAGACGCCAAUGAUUUCAGAUUUUAGAUUGUAUUCAAUUUGGAGCCAUAUUAAUAAUUGUUAACCUAAUUUGGUUAAUUUUAUUUGCUUAUAAAAUUAUUAAUGAUAAUGUGUUAUGCUAUUUAUUAUGGCCGGUACCAGGAAAGCGGAUGCAUCUAUUGAGUAUUAAGCCCGGCUUUUAAGGUAUAAAAUGUUUUUCAUGGUUUUCUUGUGAAAUGAUUCCAAGAUUUGUAUCCAAUUACUCAAAUUUGAAUAAUAGUUUUUUCCCCCAAAUAUACAUUUAUUUAUUUCCUUCUUAAUUGCAGAUACAUCACACUUUACUAUAAUUAAACGACACUGUUUGUCAAAUCACAAUAAUUUGACGAUUAUCAUUAUCAUCAUUAUUCUAAUUUCAUU